AUGGCUCUUACCAACAUCACAGCCGCACGCAUCGUCGAGGCCAUGGAGAGCAGCCUCGUACCACGCAACGCCAACCUGCUGAAGAACAAAGUCGUUCAUGCCGACAUUCGCGUCCAAGGUAUCGAAGAUGACACCAACGGACCGGAAGAGGACGUGAUGAGCGUGCAGCUUGUCGAGCAGCCAAACCCGAGCUCCCAAGACAUCGAAGACCAGGAGCGAGCCGAAGAGAUGCGCAUGUGGUGGAACAAUGAGAUGAGGAAGCACAUGAAUCAGCCCGAUGGCUAUGCAAAGGUUGCUGUGCUGUUGAUAAAAUGGGCAGAUGAGUUAGACGACAUCAAGACGAAGGACGAGGCUGUCGAGCUCGAAGAACUUUUCCGCGAUCGUUUCCACUACGAGGCCCAGACCAUCGAGCUCAACGUUCGCAAGAGGCCACAGCUGCAGCUUGACAAGCACAUCAGCAACUUCCUCCUCGACCACGACGGCCCUCAUAAUCUGCUCAUCGUUUACUACACUGGUCACGGGAUCUUCCACGACGACAAGGAAUACCUAGAGCUGACAGCUUGCAUGAAUCCUUCAUUGGGCCGAGGCUUCAGCAGAGACGCGAGAGCGAACUGGAACAAAGUGGAGGAAAAGCUUCGAGAUGAAGAGGUUGAGGGCGACGUCCUCACCAUCCUCGAUACAUGCUACGCGAGCAAUCUGGUGAAGAAGUCUGGGAAGCAAGAGACGAAGAAGUUUGAGCUGGUGGCUGCAUCUGCGAUUAACCAACCCACAGCAUCACCUGGCAUACACAGCUUCACGCGUGCCCUUAUUGAUAGCUUAAAGGAGCUAUUGGAUGAGAAGAGGGAUCCUAUCUCGACAUUCCGGCUUGUCCAGAGCAUCAACCUCAACAAAAACCGCAGCGACGAACAAGCCCACGUCUGGGCCCGCACUCAGCACACCGAUCAGCACAUCUUCCUUGCGCCCCUAAAGCAACACAAGGAUAUUACGCAACUCCCGACUUUCCGCUCUGCUCCCGGCAGCUACCUGACUCUACGCUUUGGUCUUCGAGAUGCAGCUUUGAAUAGGGAACAAAUCGAAUCUAUGACCAAGGCCCUGUCCAACUCCUUGUUCAACAAACCGAUGGUGGGACUAAGGAAGGUUGAAUGGGUCGAAAUGAAGCCUGCCCCACCAAUGCCUCAUUUCGAUCGUGUCGCAUUGGUCAUGUAUGCGGCUACGCAAUGGAAGAAGGUCAUACGGCAGAGGAAGCAAGACCGUGCGUCGCAGUUAGCAUCUCAGAGAACGGUCGAUGAAGUCACCUUUCCUGAAGCCGUGAACCCGAGUCCGACAUUACUGAAGCGUGCAAAUGAUGAUCUGGAUGGUAUGCCAGAUGCGAAGAGGCGGUAUCUCGAUGUGUCGCAACCGCCAUCGCCCCCGGUGUCCAACUCUUCGCGCAUGGGAGAAUAA